AUCCCACACACGUAAUACACAAACUGUCAAAAUUUGGCUGUGUAAAGCGUUGUUUCUUGCCUCUGUGAAAGAAAAUAUCAACAACUGUCAAUAAUCGAAAAUCAAGCCCUAGAAAUUUGUGUUUGUUUAGCAAUAGGUAUCGAAUUUCAUGUGAAAUACUGUACAGAAUUUCCAAAAGAUGACUUCAGACGAAUCAGACGAUGAACCGCUAGCCGUCUUAGCGGCCAAUAAAAAGUUAAAUCCUGAGAAAUUCGCGGGAAUUGUGUUACCUAAAGAUAUUGUUAUAGAGCCUAAGAGAAAGAAAAAGAAGAAGUUAUUGCCCCCAAAAGGUUUAUCGGUAACAAUAAAAUUCCAGAGUAGACUUAGAAAUGCCGCACCGCCUGUUGUCGAGAGGCCAUCGGAUGUAUGGUUGUAUUUAAAAGAUCUUAACCCUAAUGGCCCCUACAGUUGUUUGCUUUGCUCAGAUUGGUUCGUUAAUAGGUCCAAAAUAAUCAUUCAUUAUGUUCUGAAUCACAAAAAGGAUUUCUGCGGGAUAUGCCGAUAUUUUGUACCAGACAGGGAAGCAUGGUGGGAACAUAUAAAGUUCCACACUCCAUGGCCAUGUUCUCAGUGUGUAGAAAACUUUCACACAGAAAAUGCUUUACGUCAGCACUUGAGUAGCGCUCACAACCUAGUCCAUUGUCGUCUCUGCCAUUUCCGUGUAUCAGAUGAUGAUCAGUACAACACACAUCUCUUCCAAAAACAUAAUGUCACCAAUGUCAGCACUAAAGAUGAUGAAGUACUUUGGGAAUUGGAAUUCGAAGGUUGUACGAAAUUUCAAUGCUUUUUGUGCUCUAAAACAAAUAACUUGACUCGCAUGUUCUUUAAUCAUUACAUGGGCUAUCAUCAUUUCACAUUAAAAUGCUUCACUAGAAUUAUAUCAGGGAAGGACUCACCAUUCUUAGUUUGUGGAGCUGAUGUUAGUGCUGAGUUUGUGGAAAACCAGUUAAAGACCCAGACAAAAUGCGGUUACCUCGAUAUCGAGAAUACACCUGAAGGUAAAGAUGUAGGGCAAGCCAUCAAAGACGAAUCUGCAAUAAUUCCAGAAGUUAAAGAGGAAAUAGUCACCCCUGAACCUUUACGUGAAUUGAGAUGUGAAGUGGAUAUUAUGAAAUGUGAAGAAAAUGAAAUGGAAAAUGAGAAUGAAAACGAAGAUGACAUAUCCAAAACAUACAAAGGUGAUGAAGAUUUUGAUGUCACACUCAUGGAAAUGGUAAUGAUACAGAAAUGCUAUUUUGAUUAUGUUAAGAUGUUAACCAAUGAGAUAAACAUGAAUGUGGUGCCGAAAGUUUCCAAUAUUGUUUACGAAAAAACUGUUACAGAGAAGCCUACCGACUGCCCUUUAUGUAAAUCGACAUCAGAAACUUCUCAAGAAUACACAUCUCAUAUGUCAAAGAUGCACAGUGUGAAAUGCUUGCCAAUAUAUUCUUGUAGAGUGUGUACUUCGACUUUCGAUACUCAGAAUGAACUGGACUCUCACACUAAUCAAGAAUUAGGUAAUUUUGAGGAUCUUUGGAUAUGCCAGUUCUGUGAUAAAGAGUUUGAUGAUCGGGAAGGAGCAAGGAUCCAUUUGACUACGCAUUGGGACUUGAUACAAAUGGAUAACUGUUUCAGUCCACAUUUAGGCUUUAAAUGUCAAUAUUGCCCAACACUCUUCUGGAAUGAGACUGAUAGGGAAAUACAUCAAGUCAAAGUGCAUUUUAAUAAACAUAAGGAGGAGUUUUAUAAAUGCGAGAGCUGUAAUGAAAUCUUCAGUGAUAAGAUAUGGUACAUCUACCAUUACUUUGCUGAGCACAACACGAACAAGGAGUCAUUCCCUAUGUACCUGUAUAAGUGCACUCUCUGCUGCCUUGUGCUAAUGGACAUACACGAAAUGCGAAAUCACUUCGACGGCAACCACCCUGAGGCAAGAAAAGUAUUCUGCUCCCUUCAUCCGUGCAAGUAUAAGCCGCUUAGUCAGAGGAAAUCAUUCAAGAUACAUUUGAAGACGAUCCACAAGCCGUCGUCGCGUCUAGACGGUGCUGUGAGCUGCCCGAUCUGCACUCGCGAGUUCCGCAGCUCUAGAGCUUUAAGCGCUCACAUGGCGCAGGUGCACGGGCCCGGCAAGUUCAAAUGCAAGAUAUGUAGAGCAGCGCUCAAUACUGCUGAUGAAAGAAAACUUCACUACUUGAUUCGCCACCCCGGGCAGCAUCCGUUCGAGUGUAACGAGUGCGGCAAGUCGUUCCAGUACAAGUCCUCGCUGUACAUGCACAAGCAGGAGCACUUGCCGAAUAAGCAGAGCUACACUUGCAACUUCUGCAAGAAAGUGUUUGCUAAAAAAGACUCGUUCCGCGAGCACUUGCUGAUCCACGAGGGUCCGCGGCACGCGUGCUCGUACUGUCCCAUGCGGUUCGUGCAGCGCUCCAACAUGCUGCGGCACGAGCGGCGCCACACCGGCGAGCGGCCCUACGCCUGCCCGCACUGCGAACGCACCUUUGCGGAUAAGGGGGCUUGCACGUCGCACGCUAGGACUCAUUCCAAAACACAGUCGUACGGCUGUAUGUACUGCGGCCAAACGUUCGUGCAGAAAUCAAAACUCACAUAUCAUAUUAGAAAACAUACUGGAGAAAAUUUGGAGACCUGUACGGUGUGUUCGAAAAUAUUUACAAGCGCUUGUUCAUUACGGGAACACAUGAAAAUACACACACUCAAUAAACAGUCUGUCAAAUGCCCAUUGUGUGAUCGCAAGUAUCAGGACGAGCGGUACAUGCUGCGGCAUCUCCGUACGUCGCACACGCAGGGACACUUCACGUGCCCGCUGUGUCGCAAGUCAUUAACUAGUGCCGUCGGACUACGCCACCACGUGGUCACUCAUAGCCCAUUGAAGACUUAUAAGUGUCAAAUUUGUCCAAAAGGCUACUCGGCAAGGAAAUCUAUAGUCAAACACCUACGUAGACGACAUGGCCUGAAAGGCAAUGAGAUUAACAUAAGAGAUUUCUAUAAUAGACUAGACCCUAGAGAAUGUGAGUUAGGACUUGACGAAGAACUAAUGACGAACAUAUUCGGCCCUCCGAAGAAAGUGAUGAAACAAAUGCUAUUCCGUAACUUUGUGAACUUAAAUACGGGUCUAGAUCUAACUAAAAAGCCUGAAGAAAAGCCUGUUGAAGAAAAACCGCCUGAAAAGGAACCACCUGAAGAGGUUACUGAAGAAACUACUAAUGAAAGUACUGUUGAACCUAAGAAGCCGCCUAAACCUAUAAAGCAAGAAGUGGAUGAUAGUGAGGGGAAUGAGGAACUUGAGCCUACGGACUUUGUCAGUGUUAAAAUUGAACCAAUGGAUGACGAGAGUUCUGAGUACAUUAUUUAAAAUAACCGUAAUGGACCGAUAUCUUAAAUCCAAAUGCGUUCGCAAAACAUUUAAUUUGAUUCGAUCUUCAAUAAUUUUUUUCAAGUUUUUAGAAAUAAUAUAAACGGUAGUCGUGCUUAUUGUUUGGCCUUAUAUUGUAAAUACUUUUUACGUGAAAUGAACGGAUUGCUAUAUAAAGCCCUUGAAACUUGAAUAUAAAACUUGUCGUAAAAAUUAUAAUGUAACUGAGAAUAUGUAAUUUUACGAUGUGUUUUCGUUGUUUAACCGUUUGCGAAUACUUAUGCCGAUAUCUUAUCGAUAUCGAUACCAAAAACUAUCGGUUCUGUAAUAACGAGUCGUCUCAGUACUAGGCAUCGAUUUUUUGGCAGUAAACAAAGCCUUUAAUUUGUUUACUAAUUUAUUAUUUGCAUUGAUUUCCCAAAAAAUCUUUCGAAUCCCCUUUCCUACGUGAUAUUUUCCCAGUAUCAAUAUUUUUUCACAUGUAUCGAUAUUUUGAUACUUGUAAGUACAUAAGUCAAUAUACUUCUUUGACUAGCCCAAUAGUGACCUCCAAUUUUUAUGAGAUGAUAUUUGACUUUAUUAAAGUACUUAGGUAAUUUUUUUUUAUUAAGUCAUAUAUUUUGUUGUAUUGAAAAUGGCGGGAGACAACAGUUUUAAUAGAAUGUGUCUGUUUGUAUAUUUUUGUUAAUAGUAGUUAGAUAGGGCAGAUUUUUGAUUAGCUAGAAUAAUUUUUCUUCCUGAUAUCUGAGUAUAUGUAACUUCUAGAAGUAUUUAGUCUUAAAAUAUAGAAUAAAUAAUGUUAAAACAGAAUUUUGACUAUAGAUUAUAUUUAGUAAACGGCAUCAUACGUAUGGUAGGCAGGAAUUAAAGUAAACAAACAAACCCUAAUUUCAAUGAUUGAUGCAUUCCGUGAAUCAGAUCUAAACAAAAAAUAAUCAAACCAGAAUUCUUUGUUUACUUUAAAUUUUUUCCUCAAUGAUACAGAACUAAUAUCUUAAUAAAACUGUCCAAUUUUGUUAACAAUAAUAGUCAUGAAGUAAUCAUCCCCCAUAAUGAUGGCUUUUGUUCAAUAUACAGCAUUAUAGCAACCUACAAACUUUAACUACCUGAAGUUGGCCACGAAUGGAGUCGUUGGUUCCGGCGUAUCUAAACGUAGAAGUAUUCAACUAGCUUGAGACUUGCUUGAAAGGUUGAUGGCUGUACAUGGAACAUAUGACAUUUACCUAGUGGUUUAUAAUAUGGCCGUGCAAUAUAUAAGAAUAUUUUUGCCAAUACCAACAUUAUAAUAGUAAUCAUCAGCUACCUCAAUAUAUUGGAUUCAAGUUUUUAUAUUCGUUAGUUUUAUGAAUAUUCGUUAUGAAUUAUAAAUAUAGAAUAGUUUAGAGAUAAGUAAUGUGUAGUUCAGUUUGCUGUGUAGUAAUAAAUAGGCUAGAAAAUGUUGAAUUUCAAAGUAAUGUGCUUCUCUGCUUAGUGGUGAAAGAAUAGUGAGGAAAAUUCAGUACUGUUUGUCUGAUUGAUUAUUUUGAUAAUCAAGCCUUGGUCAAGGGCUUUGCAAUAUGUAUAUUUUGAUUUCUACACAUAUUUUACUUAGCAUUAAGAGAAAUUUAAUAAACAAUUGACUAUUAGUUAA